GUUGGGAGGCCUUUUUCGCGUGAAGAUCGCGGCGAGGAAGUGCUCGGAAUCUGGAAUUUUCAGUCAUAUUGUGUGCCUGCGCUUGUGAUAGGGCGCUACAUCGAAACCAAAAUCGGAGCUCCUCAAUCGCCGCAGACGUCAGUUGCUGAGUGGACCUAGUCGCGAUCGGACCCAAACGGAAUCUACCGCUCAUCAUGUCGCCAGUCAUCCGCCGUAAUCUUAUCGCCUGGCUAGCUUUGGGCCUGUGCGUCUGUCUUAGCUUCGGACCGGGUCCGGUGGAAUCACGCACUCGCCCGAAGAACCAGGUUGAUAGAAAGCUGUUGACGAUCUACGGCAACACGCCCCACGUGGAAGCCCUUCUGGGUCCAGGUCGUCCCACGCCGGAUACCUACAAGACGUUAAGAAGCGCCUUCUUCCGGUACGAGGAAUCACGCUCAUUGGGCCAUGACCUGGAGCUAAACAGCAAGGAAAUUAAGGCUAACGAAACCAUUAUGAAGGCCAAGUUAAAUGAGUUUGACGAAGGCCUGGUAACCCCUCACCUCUUCAAGCCCUCACAGCACAUAUUUGAUGUGUUGGACGGCAUCCGGAACACCGAUCUCUUCAAGCUGCUGAAAAAGAUGCCCAAGGGCGCGGUUCUUCAUGCCCACGAUACGGCGCUCUGCAGCACAGCGGCCAUCAUCAACCUGACCUACUAUGAGCAUCUCUGGUCCUGCCAGCAGGAUGGUGAUCUUAGCGCCUCCGCCCUAAGGUUUUCCAAGGAUAAGCCACAGGCCCUGAGUGACUGCGAUUGGAGUCUGCUCUCCGAUGUGCGAGCCAAGUACGGAGCUGACAAGGUCGACGACUAUCUGGCCGAGAGGCUCACCCUGUAUCCCACCAAGAAAUUCGAGGACAACAACGCCGCCUGGUCCAAGUUCAUGACCAUUUUCAAUCUGCUCGACGGUCUGGUGAUGUACGCCCCCGUCUGGGCGGACUACUACUACAAAGCGCUGGAGGAGUUCUACGAAGAUGGUGUUCUAUACUUGGAAUUCCGAUCAGUUCUUCCCACGCUAUAUGACAUGGAUGGAAAUGAGUUUACUCCUAUGGAUACUGUGCGCAUCUAUGUGGAAACCUUGGAGAAGUUCAAGGAGGCUCAUCCAGAUUUCAUUGGUUCAAGGAUGAUCUACGCUCCUAUACGUAAUACGAAUGCUGAGGGCGUAACUGGCUAUAUCCAAACCCUUAAACAAAUUAAGGAAAAAUACCCGGAAUUCGUAGCUGGUUUCGAUUUGGUGGGCCAGGAGGAGAUGGGACGUCCUUUGAGGGACUUUGUCGACGAAAUAUUAUCUAUCCCCGAGGACAUUGAUUUCUACUUCCACGCCGGAGAAACAAACUGGUUCGGUUCCACUGUGGAUGAGAACCUGAUCGAUGCCAUUUUGCUGGGCACAAAGCGUAUUGGUCAUGGAUUCGGACUGGUCAAGCAUCCCGUGGUGCUGGACAUGCUGAAAAAGCUGAAUGUGGCCAUUGAAGUGAACCCGAUUUCGAAUCAAGUGCUCCAGCUAGUCUCUGACUUCCGCAACCAUCCGUGCUCCCACUUCUUCGCCGAUGGCUAUCCAGUGGUUAUAUCCUCGGAUGAUCCCUCCUUCUGGAAGGCCACUCCCCUGUCGCACGACUUCUAUAUCGCCUUCUUAGGAAUUGCCUCGCAGCACUCCGACUUGCGUCUGCUGAAGAAGUUGGCCCUAAAUUCCAUUCAAUACAGUUCGCUGACGGGAGACGCCCAGUUCGAGGCGUUGGAAAAGUGGCAGUUGAAAUGGGACCAGUUCAUCGCCGAUGUCAAUGAUCCGAACUCCAACCGGGGAUCCCCCAGUCAGCGGAUCGAUUGACUAGCACGGGUGGUGGCAGCGUUGCUGGUUGCGUUCUCUCUGAUGACCUCCAACCUUUGGCGCUAGUCGAAAUACACCCUCCGUCCGCUGCUCCUACCACUCCACUCCAACUCCACCACAGGCUGCAGCGGGUCUAAUGCAUCGCAUCCUCAUUCGCAUCCACUCAGAGCCAUAUCCAUGCCCACAUCCUCAAUAUCUAACCAUUUUUGUAAGCUAAUCGUUAUGGACUAGUCCUUAGUUAGAUCUAGGCUAAUACCUCUCUGUAAACCCAUGAGAUUCUGUCCCACGCCCCUAAAACUGUUCCAAGCUGAAAUCCGCUGCUGCGCCGAAGAAUCCGAGAGCAAUAAAGAAACCGUUUUAGUCGUAGCCGAAA